AUGAACACCACCGGCAAUAACACCAUGAACCACCGCUUCUCCACCGCGGCACAGGACCUCGAUCCACAUCAAUCACAGCAUCCGCCUCCAAUAUCCACGUCCGCCCACCCCUACCACCCUCAACCCCAACCGCAGCCCCAACGCCGCCUCCGAGGCUUUGCAGCCACCAACUCCAACGCCAACACCACGGCCAUCGGUGCGACUGAAACCAAGAGCAGGAAAGAGAGGGAAAAGGAAAAGGAGCGGACGAAGCUACGGGAGCGGCACCGAAGGGCCAUCACGAGCCGGAUAAUCGCCGGUCUCCGGCAGUACGGGAACUUCCCCCUACCCUCGCGCGCCGACAUGAAUGACGUCAUCGCCGCACUGGCUCGGGAGGCAGGCUGGACGGUGGAUGCCGACGGGACCACCUACAGGCACUCCUUGCCUGCUCCGCCCCAGCCCCAGCCGCAGCUGCAGCAGCCUCCUGUCGCUCAUUUCAAUCUCCUCCAGAAAAAUAACAGUAUUAACGUGUCUAAUGUGGGUCCACAUCCAGUUCAGCCAGUAGAAAGCCCACUCUAUACGAGCUCUUUAAAAAAUUGUUCCACAAGGUCAUCACUCGAGUGCCAGCCGUCAUCUCUCAGAAUCGACGAGGAUCUAUCACCCACAUCUCUUGAUUCCAUUGUUGUGGAAAGGAAUGCAAACCUCGAUAAGUAUUCAAGUCCCAGUGCCAUCAACUCCAUUGAGUGUCUGGAAACCGGCCAGCAUGAAACUGGUCCUUCAACGUCCUAUGUACCUGUUUACGCGAGGCUUACUACUGGUUUGAUCAACAAUUUCUGUCAGUUGAUGGACCCCGAAGGUAUUAAAGAAGAACUACAUAAUCUGAAGUCACUGUGUGUUGAUGGCGUUGUUGUGGACUGUUGGUGGGGAGUUGUUGAGGCUUGGACACCAAAGAAGUACGAGUGGUCUGGAUACAGAGAAAUGUUUAACAUUAUCCGGGAGUUUGGGAUGAAAUUGCAGGUGGUGAUGGCAUUUCACGAAUACGGAGGACAAGAUUGUGGUGGCAUAUUUAUAUCCCUACCCCAGUGGGUUCUGGAGAUUGGGAAAAGCAAUCAGGAUAUUUUCUUCACGGAUCGUGAAAGAAGAAGAAAUUCCGAGUGCCUUUCAUGGGGCAUUGAUAAAGAACGAGUACUCAGAGGAAGGACUGGCAUAGAAGUCUAUUUUGAUUUCAUGAGAAGCUUCCGGAUGGAAUUUGACGACUUAUUUACCCAAGGCCUCAUUUCUGCCAUUGAAAUUGGACUGGGAGCUUCCGGAGAGCUCAAGUACCCUUCUUUUUCAGAAAGGAUUGGAUGGAGAUAUCCGGGUAUUGGUGAGUUUCAGUGUUAUGAUAAAUAUUUGUUGCAAAAUCUCAAAAAAGCUGCAAAACUGCGCGGACACUCCUUCUGGGCCCGAGCCCCCGACAAUGCUGGUUAUUAUAAUUCGAAGCCGCACGAAACAGGAUUCUUCUGCGAAAGAGGCGAUUAUGAUAGCUAUUAUGGGCGUUUUUUCCUGCAGUGGUAUUCCCGUGUCCUCAUAGAUCAUGCUGAUAAUGUCCUCUCUCUUGCAAGCCUUGCAUUUGAGGGAAUGCAGAUAGUUGUGAAGAUUCCAACGGUUUACUGGUGGUACAAGACAAGAAGCCAUGCAGCAGAACUCACGGCUGGCUAUUACAACCCCUCUAAUCGGGACGGUUAUUCUGUCUUGUUUGAGGUGCUUAAAAAGCAUGAUGUGACUGUGAAAUUCAUGAUCCCAGAAUUAAAACCUUCAUACGAGCCAAUGGACGACCCACUAUCAGACCCUCAAGGCCUGAGUUGGCAGGUUAUUAACUCAGCUUGGGAAAAGGGGCUGAGUGUGGCUGGUGAGAAUGCAGAAGCUUGUUAUGAGAAAGAAGGGUUUACGAGGCUGGUCAAGACCUCAAGACCGAGAAAGCAUCCGGAUUGCCGACACUUGUCCUUCUUUGUGUUUCAACAGCCUUUGCCUCUGCUCCAGAGAUCUAUUUGCUUCUCGGAAAUCGAUUACUUCAUUAAAAGCAUGCACGGAGAUGAGAUUGACUGA